AAGAAUGGAGACCAGGGACUAUGCCAACUUACCAGUUGAUGGAGUGAGCAGGGAAAGGAAGCCGCAGAGAUAUAAGUGUUCAUCAGGAGGAUUCAACAUCUUUAUGCUGGUUGGAGUCAGCUUUGGUCUGCUGUGUGUCAUUCAGACAGCUCUUAACAUUUUCCUUUACAAAGAAGUUGUUUGGAUUCCCAACAAGUCGAAUGUCUCAACUUGUAAUGUCACCUCUCAUACUACUGAUGGCAUCAGUGCCCUGAUGUUAGAGAGAGAUCAGCUGAUUCAAGAGAAAGAACAUCAUCUUAAAGAGAUAGAGCAUCUAAAUUUUGAUAAAAAUCAACUUAAGCAAGAUAAAGACAAAUUUUUUCAAGAGAUAAGUCGACUUAUUCGAGGGAAAAGUCUACUGGAGAAAGAUAAACAAAACCUGGUUCAAGAGAAAAAACGACUUAUUCAAGAAAAACUCUGGCUGAAUCGAGAAAAUGAUGAAGUGAUUCAAGAGAAAGAUAAACUUCUUCAAGAGAACAACCAGCUGUAUAUGAAAAACACAGUCUUGGAGACGACCAACAACAACCUGAAUGAGAAGAUCAGGCAGCUUCAGAGUUAUCAAUUUAUAGGAUUACCAUGUCCUCCAUUUAUGAAGUGCUGCUUCUAAAAACGGUGGACAAAAGCAAUCUGCUUUUCAAAAUUAUUCGUGACAUGAUGAAGCUGCUAUGAUACCCACACUGUGAGGAGGAGCUGAUAUACCACCUUCAUCAAAACAGAAUAACC